ACAAUGAAAAUUAAUUUUUAUCCAGUUAACUUUUCUGAUCGAUAAUCGACUAUCCCGCUCUCAGAUCGUGUACGAGUGAAAGAAAGGUCUCCAUUUAUUUUAGACCAUGUCUGUUAGCAUGAAGAUAAACAAUAAUUCUUAUUGGACAACGUAACCACGACCAAUGAAGGAUAUAGAUCAUAUCUGACUUUUUUUCUUUUCUCUGUUGAAAUAUCACUCAUCUCUCUCUCUAUCUUUUUGUUUUCAAACUUCCUUUGAGUUGUCCGUAUGUGAAACAUCCAUAGAAACAAAGAGUUUGUGCUCAUCGAGAUAAUCAUCUUGUAUCUCAUUGAAUAAUUCUAACGACUUUAUCUUUCAUUCUGCUUGAAAUGUAGACCAUUCUAUCAUAUAUAAAGACAGUUAAAGUAGCAAAAUACACAUUAGCCAUGAAAUCAUAAUCGACACUCAUGAUUUUUUGUAUUUUUGUUUCCAUCUUGUUCGUACAUUAUGUACAGGCACGAGAUGAACUUAAUUCGACUGGAAAUAAUUGAGCAUUUAGCUGCGACUUAGUAGGCCAUGAUUUCCAGAAAGUCUUUGUUCCUCGCGAUGAAUGCAAUGGAAGAUGUAGUGAAACGUCAGCAUGUACUCAUUUCGCUUGAAGACGAUGGAAUGGAGGCAUCUGCUGGCUGAAAAAAGUUAAAAUUACCAAAGUUGAUUUUUAUAUGUCCAAUGAUCCAAAGGUGAUCUGUGGAAUAAACGAAAAUACGACGAACUAUGUUAAUCGAAAACCAGCAACAGUAGUGAACAACAGCUGGAUGAAACUACGGAAGCUGUCGAUGAAGACAUAAACAUCUUAGAUAAAAAAAUUGUAAAGUUCUAAUUCGUUUUUCUUUAUGUAUAAAAUAGAUUUUCAGUUGAAGAUUGUGUAGGAAUAAAUGAAUGUGAUUCGUUCAUCGGUCUUUUUUUCCUUGUUGUUUCAGAUUCAUGUAUGCAAAAUCAUUUUCUUGUCAUAGAGUCUUCGUGUAAUUGAUAUUUGCCUAGCUAUCUUCGGUUCUCAUGUUUUUUUCAUAAAGAUUUAAAAUAAUAAAUAAUUCUCUCUUUGUAUGUCGUCUGCACAAAUCAAAUUUACACUACAGUGCGGUGUUUCAUAGAUGCUGAUACUGAUAACCAGUAUCUAUAGUGGUUGUGUUCAUCGUAUUAUGUUUUCCACCAGGAAAAAAAUAAAAGUAAUCAGAAAGGAUGUCUGGAAUUUUUUCGAAAAGCUUAUCUAAAUAGCCUAUUAUCUGCUGUGUUCAUAAUAGAAUGAUAUUAUAUGAAAUAUGUAGUAUGAAAUUCUGUCUUUUGUCAAGAUUAUUGAACUUAUCGUUUGGAUUUACAUAAGAGAUCAUUUAAAUCUUUCAUAAUAAUAUAAAACUUUAUUAAAAAUCGUUUAUAUCAUCGAGAGAAAAAAAAUCAAUAUUUUACCCAUUAUUUUGUUAAUAAUGAUCUCAUAUACGAUAUUUUUCUACGUGUUUGACAUCAAAUUUUCUCCAGUAAGGGUGUGGGUGUGGUGGAUGUGGGUGUAGAUAUUUGUUUCAACGAGACAGUCACAGUCACACCCGCACCCACACCCACACCCCCGAAAAUCGAGUCUUUAACUGUUUUAGAAAGUAGCAUACCAGAACUUGAAAAGUGUAGACGACGUAUGUUUCAAAGUUUUCUUAGAUCUACUUACGAUGUGUUCGAUUCUAUACAAAGAACGUUUAAUUUAGAAGAUAACUCUGUGUAUCAACCAAAAAAAAAUUGAAAGAACUUGAACAAAUAGUCCACAUGAAUGAUAUAGAUUCAUCCGAAAAAAUUAAUUUUCUUCAAAAAAAAGGAUUUAAUAGUUUUGAAUCUCUUUGUGCCAAAAUUCAAGAAAAGAAAGGAAUUAUUAUUGAACAUGAAAAAAAUAAACAAUCGUAUGGUUUCAGUGGCAAUUUCGAUGGAUCAGUAGCACAUCUUGCUCUACUAUACUUGAACCAGUGCGAAAAAGUAUGCAAUGUUAGUGUAAAAGAAAUUGCUAUUAAUACAAACGGACUAUUGAAAAAGUGCAUCAGUGAAUAUGGUCAUUUUCUGAAUCAAGAAAUAAUGAGAAACUUUAAGAGUAUUCUUAGUAUUGACUAUAGAGAAGACUAUUUUAAAUAUUCGAACGAUUUAGAAAAAUGAAUACGAGAAUUAUCUUCUCUAAAUAGAUUUUCUAAUGUUUUUGAUUGUAUAGAUGGAGCCAAGAAACAAGAGAAAUUGUGUCAAAUAUUUACUGAUUAUUAUCAUAAUCUAGCCGAUAAAAUGGAAGAAUUAAAGAUAUCCGAUAAUAAUAGAGAACUACAAGUCCGACUCAACAUUGCACAAGCAUUGAGUUGUAUAGAUAGUUUCUGUGCUUCUGCGUCUGGAGGCAAUGGAUUUCGAGCAUUGCACAGAAAAUAUCAAGUUGAAGCAAACAGACAAUAUAAAGCAGUUUAUACGAUUAUAAUCGAAAAUAUAUCAAAGGGAGAUUAUGAAAAUGUAGCUAUACCAUUAUCUGAUAUCGAUGAGAAAUCGUUAAAUGAAAGAGAUUUAGCUCAAAUAAAACAUGAUUUAGAAAGUUCUUUGUACAAGUUGAUGACAGAUACUAAAAAUAUUGUACAUAUUUUCUGUGAUAAUAUCGAAAGAGAGGAAGAUACAAGGAGUCAAAUACCAGAAAUGAAAGAAAAAAUUGAAAAAGUUCAUAUUAUUUUGAAUAAAAAUAAUCUUACAGAAUUACUUGAUAAGAAAAUGAAAACCAAACUUGAAACAUUUAUUGAUGAUAUCGAUAAAAUUUUACCAGAUGUUCUUCUACGAGGACUAAAUGCUAUUGAAACUCUUAUAAAUACUAAUAAUUUUUUGGAAGCAGAACAAGGUAUAAAAAAUUUUAGUCAUAUACAUCGUGAGUUAGGUAACUGUUGUACAUCGACUGCAGUGAAAGAAAAAAUUAAGGAACUCAGAGAAAGCUUAGAUGGUAUAGUUAAUGAAAUCUUACAACGUGAUUUUGAAGAUAUUAGUAAAUAUUCUCUGAAGUCACCGAAAGAUCUUUACGCAAAAUUAAAAAUGGUUGCAUUACGUGGUAAUGUUCGAUUUAAUCAAGCUUGUAAUAUUAUGUUGGCAAAAAUUAGGCUAAAUUUCAGUGCAGCUAUAGAUAAAGUGCGUACGGUAUCAUCGGAAGAACGUAUAAAAAAAGUACGAUCUUUGAAUGAUGCAUUAUGUUUUUUAUCAGAUGAAUUACAAGGUCAAUUCAAAGUACAGAUCGAUGAAGAGAAAGCACGAUGA